CUCUACGUCCGUGCAUAUUUCUCGUUCAAAGUUGUGGCGCCCGUUCCACUUCCAGCUGAUCUAUUUUUUAAUUUGUGAACCUGGGAAAAGUGAGGAUGCUUCAUUCCUGGAAAGGUGAUAUGAUUUAUCCACUGUUGACUGUUCUGAUCUAUUAACAAUUGUGAAGAACUAGGUUCAUCAUGAAUGAUCUUCAGAACUACGGGAGUGGUCUAGGACCUGGUGCUGGGGACGCUAACUACUCCUCCAGAUUGGGUGGUCUUCGAUCUGGUCAGGGCAUUCUCCCAUCCAAACUCUAUCCUGGAACAUUUCCCAUGAGAGCGUACCAAGAUUCCAGAGACACAGCGUCAUCAGUUGACUCUCUCCUAGCGGGUCCUUUCUCGCAUCCGUCUUACAAUGACAUCACAGACGACGACAGUUUGAAUGAUAUGCCAGUUACGCAAUCAACCAGAGCGCACCUUUUGCCAAACCCAGUAGAACAACUUAGUACGAAGACACGUGGUGUGCAACUACCAGUCAAGCACACCAAUGAAAUUGGGACUCAGAUUGGUAUACUCUUACCUAAAUACCACGUCCAUCCACAGUCAAAGUGCAUUAUGUGUCGUGACUGUGGAAUAUUUUUCUCCCAUGGUUCAUUUCUCAGGCACCUCCAUGACGAUAUAGGUCGCCGUACAGAUUGCCAGUCAUCAAUGCUUGAACUUGGGGUAGAAAACCCUGGUGUCCAACAAAUGAAGCUGUGGGAUGACUUCCUGGCGAAGCUGAAAGGAGAGGAAGGAUCACAUGCACGUCCACGUACAUCAUCAUACGACCUCAAUGGCGUAACAAGUAAUGUAUCUCUUGAGGGGAACCACUAUCGUUCAUCUUCUGAUUCCUUUUCCUCGACACAACCCAUUCAACCUCGAAGGCCUGCAAUGCAUUAUAGCCCUCGGACCAGCAUGCGUGGGGUUCAGCGUAGUCUGCCUGCCACCAAGGGAUCCCAACUUGUUGUAGGUCCUUCAGGGAACAGCCCCCCAAAUAGUUCAUCAGAAGCGAGCUCGAUUUCAGACCUCAACAAAAACAUUCAGAACACCGUGGAAGCAUCGGAACGUCUCCUCAGGGAGACCUCACAGUAUCUUGCCUCAACAGAGAAGUCGCGCCAUAGAAGGAACCGAUCCAUCACAAUGGACCUUCACUCAAAGUCUGUACCUCCGGAGGGAAAAUCCCAAGCCUCUCGAUCCCUUUUCACCUCGCAGAAUUCGCACGUAGCACCUCACCAGCAAAAUCACCAUAGAGAACAUUCUUCUAAGGUCAGUCUCUCUCCGUCAGGAACCCAGAAUGAGAAUGGCAAUACUGACGGGAGCCGAACGGCUCGAUUUCCUCAAGACAGCCGGAUCUUUGCUGGAGGUGAUCUGCCUUCCAGCACAUCAAACCCAGAUACUCGUUCAACAUCGCAAGGCAAUCCAAGCUCUGUAAAUGCAAUGAGGGUUGCUUCAUCAGUAUUGCCCCAAGGUGAGGCAGGAUCAAGAUUCAGGUUCCCUGUACUCAAUGGUGAUUUGCUUGAAGAACAGAACCAGCAAAAUAACACAAAAGAUAAACAAGAUCCUCUUUUCAUCUUGCAAACUGCCCAAGAACUUCUCACGCUGGCCUCUCAUCGGAUCCAGGUCUUGAAAGAUGAGGCGACUGGAGGGAAUGGAGUCCCAAAGUCUCCAGGAAGAGACGAUGAAUUCCUAAAGCUCUACCAUGAGGAACGAUCAAAGCGAAGGAAGUUUGAGGCUCAGAUACAGCAAUUACAGGAGUCUCUGCAAGAAGAACAGAAACAACGCAAAGAAUUAGAAAUACAACUAAGAGCAUUGAAACUACAAAGAUAGCAAGAUCCUCAACUUACAUGUAUUUCCGGGACACCCCAAUGCUCUUCCGGUUUGGGGUGGUAAGGUGAUGAGAGAUGCGGUUACCGAGGUGCCGGGAUGCGGAAAUUUUCAAUUUACUUCAGGAUGACUGCUUUGAAUACAUUCUGGACCCAUGAUUACCUUGAUGUUGAAGUUGGGGUCAGAAGUCCAGGAUCAGCAUUUUCAAUGUCAUUGUAAGGUCAUGUGUUGUAUAAUGUUAAUUAAUGAAAUUAUCUUAAAGGUAAAUGCCAGUUGUGUUUCAUAACGAUCUCAUAACGAGUUCUAACAAAAUCCAAUAAAAUGCUCACCUAUUUGUUUGUUUGUAUAAAUUAAAAAGCAAUAUGUGCGGAUGGCUGUGGAAGAAAUUAUGUGAUUUCUGAGAAAAUAGCACAUUGAGCACAGAAUUCCAUCAAAUGUCAGGUAGUUUUCCAAGCAAUAUUAAUUCACUGUCCCACAAAUGCUUUUCUGUGUUAGGGAUCAUCAGAAUUAUCGGUUUUCAGCUAAGUUUUCACGAUUUCGCACAGAUACCGGUAAUUUAUGCUUAUGUUUAAGUGUAUGUUUGAUGUUCCAGAUCUAGAUCGAUAAUAGGGUGAUAAUUAACCUUGAUUUCAAAGACUUUCUCAUGAAAUAUGUUUUUGCUCUAACUAGAUUCUGUUUUACUGAUUAUUGUCAUCCAUGGAGCCCAUGAACUCUUACUUACGUCUGCAUGGUUUUAUUUUUAUUUUAACAUUGAAGAGUUGUUUGAUACAUGUUUAUUUUCAACAUUUUAAUCACCUUGUUUUUUCCAAUGAGAUAUUAUCAGUAUUCAGUAAUCUUAUAUUUUAACUACAUGUAAUAUAAUGCAGUGCAGUGCAACUCUAUCAUUAUUAUAAUUAUUAUAUAAGUAGUUUAUUUAUUGUGUGAGAACUUAUUCUGUCUGUUAUUAAUCAUAUUUUCUGUAAGAUUAUCCCACCUCGAAGGGGAAAAAGAAAUAAAGUUGGUAUGGAUAAAAGCUGUAGAAUUGGGGAAACCUAUAAAUCAAUUUAAUUAGAGUUUUUUUUUCAUUCUCUUGAAUUUGUUUGAGCUGCUCCCAAUAUCCAUAUACUGAGUGAAUGGUUUAUAAUGCAUCAUUAGAUCUCAUUUUCAUAGAAGAGCGAAGAUGUGUGUGUUGAAAAUGUAUUUUUUACUCAGGGAAAAAUCAUAAUAGCGCAUUUCUGGUAUUCGUACUUGUGCAUAACGUCCAUGUACAAUGUAAUGCAUGUAGGCCUGUGAAAGAAUCCACCUUGCAAGUGAAAGGCAUCAAAGUUAUAUUACCAAUGAAAUCUUUGAUUUUUAAACUUUUUUUUGUUAUUCAUAUUUAUGAAAUGAAUGUUUCCUCUUUCAUUUUCUGUUUUUAUAAAAAAAAUAUUUAAACCUAGGACGAACUGUUCCUUUGAUACAUGGAUAAACACAUUUUAUAAGUCUCUUGUUCCGAUUUUGCUUCGAGAGAAUUUUCUCAAAUUAGUAUGCCGCAUACUUGCCUAAAAAGACAACAAUAUUUGCGUCCGUAUUGGGAAUGAACUGCGUAUUGUAUUUCAUUGCAAGAAGGGCAUAGUACUAGCAUUAAUGGGUUGCAGUGAAGAAGCAGAAAUCUAUUAAACACACUUAGAAGUAGCUACAUAUUGGGUCAAUACAGUAUUGUAUUGUGGGUAAUCAGUGGGAAAAAAGAAAAUAUAUCUAAUCAACACAAAUUUGACAAGCCCCCCAAAGGGUCUUCAACAUUUUUGUAGGGGGGUGGGUUGGGUAUCAAAAUAUUUAAGGGGGGGUUGAACACUUGUAACCACCCCCCCCCCCCAUGCAUACGCCACUGAUUCAACAUCAGUAAUCUGCAGCCUCUGUAUUCGACUUUUAAAUGAUAAUAAAUGAUGUAUGUACUAAUCCAGGGGGAAUAUGUGUUCAGCAUAUAAGUAUUGGUUGAAAAUUUAAUAAGUAUACUCAAUUGGCUUACCAUAUGAACAGUGACUAAAUUAUAUCGCAAACAAAACCAAAACAUGGUAUAUUUACACAUAGGCAGUUGUGUAGAAAAGAUGCAGGUAUUUUC